AUGGACAGCAGCGAGGUGAGAAUUCCUUUGGAGGAUUCCCCCAGCUCCGGGGGAAGUUUCGCCAGCACAACCAGUGGGCCAUGUUGCGGUUCAGGAAGGGAUUUGGUUGUGGACAUGGAGGCGAAUCGCAAGGAUGAAGGAGAUGAGCCGCUUCAACUGAGAGCUCCCGGCGAACUGCAGAAAUCCAAGGGUACAAAGAAGUGUUUCGACGAUCUGUCUGGAGGCAAUAGCUAUGCUACAAACAAAAAUGUGGCUGAAGGCCUCAUGGAUAUAGCUUUGCUUUCGGCCAAUGCUAACCAGCUCCGCUUUCUCAUCACCUACAAUGACAAGGCCUCCACCUACGUCUACAGUAUGAUCAUGGUGAUACUCUCCCUGGUGCUGCAGCUCUUAGUUGGGAUAAUGCUGAUCUUCAAACGACGUCUGAAGCGCUUCAAGAACCGGAGCUACGAAAGAACCAAUGAUCUGCUGGUGAUGGGAGUUUUCAUGAUCACGGUGAUCAACAUACUGCUGGCGGCGUUCACCACGACCGAUGGAGGCAGCCAUUGAAAUACGAUUCUUAU